ACUGAGUAAGAAGCAAUAAGUACAUGUACCGAGCACGAUGUGUUUACGUACGUUUUCUAUACUUUGGUAGCCUCUAUUUGAGGUCAUAAACAACGUCUCACUGAUAUGAUAUAACUCUGGUGUAUAAAUAUAUGUCAGUACGUUAAGGUGUAAACGACAGUAAACAGCAUAAAAGAAGUGGCAGCCGUCAGCGAUCCUUCUUACUAAUCCAUCCUCCAGUUGAGUUCAGCAAGCACCACGUCGGCCGAAGAGUCGACCAGUCCCUCGUCACCACGGCCGAACCCGGCGCCUGCCAUGGAGAACUACACGAAGGGCGAGACGGUGGAAGAGGUGCAGCCGCUGCCGUUCGCCGUCGCCGCGGGAACCGUCGUCAUGCGGGUGAAGCCCGGGAGCAGGGUCGGCGGCAUCGUGGGGCACGCGACGACGGCGCUGAAACCUGACGCGGCGCGACACGUCGCGUUCGUUGGCACGGGCGCCGCCGUCGCCAAGACGAUAUCCUGCGUCGAGAUCGUCAAGCGGCGCGCGAAGAACCUCCACCAGGUGGCGCGCGCCGGCUACGCGUGCGUCGAUGAGUACUGGGAGCCGCGGCGCGCGGGCGAGGGGCUGGAGCGGCUCAAGGUCACGCGGCGCGUGCCCUCGCUCGCCGUGCUGCUGUCCAAGGACGCGCCGGCAACCGGCGACCCCUCGCACCAGGCGCCCGGCUCGUUCGACGAGUUCUGGAGAGAGGAGGUGGUGCGUGAGAAGCAGCAGGCGGCCGGGAAGAAGAAGAAGAAGGUACCGCUUCACGCGGCGGCGUGCGGCUCACUGCAGGAGGGCGUCGAGGCGUCGACGAACAGGAAGCGCGCGGCGAAGCUCGCAAAGAAGUUCAAGGCGAAGAAGGAGAAGGAAGCCGCGUCGUAGAGUCGUUUCUGUGAGGAGGAAAGUGAAAGGAGUGACAUAGUAGAGUCGUAUCUAUGAAGAGAAGAGAAAGGAAGCCAUGUCCUAGUCAUUUCCACAAAGAGGGAAUAGAAGUGGGCGGCGUCAUAUUUGCAUCCACGAAGGAGAAGGAAGCCAUGUUCCUCUCUCAUCCUCAGAGGGGAAGAAAGAAGCCGUUUUGUAGGUGUUCCGCACAAGAUUUUGUUGUUACCGACAUGAUAAAGAUACGAAUGUGUGUGUGCAGCGAUGUGUUAGUGUUGUGUGUGUGUGCGUGCGUGCGUGAGUGCGUGUUUGUGCGGAAGUCUGUGAAUUGUGCGAGGUGUAGAUGCGUAAUUACGAAGUUGUGUUAUUUUGCGAAGUGAAUAAUUUCCUAUAUGAAAGCUGCUGUAAGCCGUAUUCAAAGUGCGCAAUACCGCAUAUAUUUCUGACUGGAAUAGGCCUCGAUUGUUUGUGUGUUUAAACAUGCACAGUAUCGCUCAUCUAUCUCACUGUAAUUACAGUUAUGAGGUUUGAACUAGAAUAGUUGCUUGUGGGAUCUGCACGUACACGAGCACAUCAGUUGAUAAGCAGAAGCUCGAUGGAAUUUAUGUUAGUUUGAAGUGUAAUGAGAGGCUACUUUCUUUGUUGGGGGAGUAUGGUACGUUCAUGAAGUAGAAUGCUAAAUUGGUGGUUAUUUGUCAGCAUAAUAUAGUUAGGAAAAUGUGGUUCAGAUAAAAUCGGCAACUUUAAAAGUUUGCUAAUAUGAUACAUUUAUUUAAUAAAAUCCCAAGGAAGUGUAAAUC